AUGGGUAUAGUGGCUGCCUCUUUAUCCGUUACCGACAGCCAUAACACACUUUGCAACAGAAGCUGUCGGUACCUCAUACCGUUCCUACUCAUACCGUUACCAAACGGUAUAACACACUUUGCGACAGAAGCUGUGUCAGUUCACUCUUUUAUCCCGUUACUGACAGCCAAACACACUUUGCGACAGAAGCUGUGUCAGUUCCUCGCUACUGAUGGGUAUAGUGGCUACUUUAUCCCGUUACCGACAGCCAUAACACACUUUGCGACAGAAGCUGUGUCAGUACCUCAUACCGAUGGCCAUACCUCACGAAACUAUACCGAUGGGUAUAGUGGCUACUCUUUAUCCGUUACCGACAGCCAUAACACACUUUGCGACGAAGCUGUGUCAGUUCCUCAUACCGAUGGGUAUAGUGGCUACUCUUUAUCCCGUUACCGACGGCGACAGGCUGUGUCCGGUUCUCAUACUGACGUUGUAACUUUACCCGUUACCGCUACAGCCGCAACACUUUUGCGACAGAAGCUGUGUCAAUACCUCAUACCGAUGGGUAUAGUGGCUUCUCUUUGUCCGUUACAGACAGCCGCAACACGCUUUGCGACAGAAGCUGUGUCCAGUACCUCCGCCACCGAUGGGUAUAGUGGCUACUCUUUGUCCGUUACAGACAGCCAUAACACUUUGCGACAGGCUGUGUCCGUUCCUCCGGCCGAUGGGUAUAGUGGCUUCUCUUUGUCCGUUACCGACGGCCAUAAUUUUUGCGACAGAAGCUGUGUCGGUACCUCAUACCGAUGGGUAUAG